AUGAAUGAUGGUCCUGACAUGGAUCCCGAACCUUCUACACGUCGACCUACACCUCCUAUCGUGAAUCUUGUCAACUCUUUGAUCUUACAGCUCAUCACACAAAUCCCCACAAAAUUCGAACGCCCGGGAACUUUGAGUUCGUGGCACUUUCAAAGACUCAAUGGGACCAUCGCGAGCGUCGAUCCGGCGCUGGAUAUGAUCGCUAGCCUGCUAACAUACAUUCCACCGUUCCUUGUCUGCGUCAUCGAUGGCCUAGAUAAGAUAGAGAACGACGACACCAUCCCAUACCUUGAGUCGCUGUUGGAAACAUUGCGUGCCCAGAGCGUGGGGCGGAAGUUUAAGGUUUUAUUCACUACCCGCGGUUCAAGCCAAGUCCUCUCUGAUAAUUUAGGACCCCGAGAGCGUAACUCUCUUGAAGACCUUGCCGCGCUCGCUCCGAAAUGCCGUUCCUGUCGUACAACCAGCAUUAUCAAGAUAACCAGCUGGUCAAACCCCAAUGGAAACGCAGGACGGCCCUAUUUCUAUUGUCCAACUUGCCCCAAGUUUAUUUCAUUCGCUGAUGAAGAUGGCUACGACGAUUCGAAUCGCAAUUGCCAUUGUGGAUUUCCCAGCAGAAGAAGUGUGGCCGGAUCGGGUUCAAGACAGUCUGGAAGAGCAUUUUUCAUUUGCCUGACUGGAGAGUGCGAUUACUUUAAUUGGGAGGAAAUCGAGGAUCUACGGGACUACGUAGAUAUGUACGAUGGUUGGGAUGGAGAAGAGGAUCCGGAAGAUUACGACCAUCCGAAAGACUACGACCAUCCGGAAGACUACGAGGAUCCAGAAGACUACGAGGAUCCGGAAGACUAUGAGGACCCGGAAGACUACACAUCAACCGAUGAAUCGGAUGAUGACGAUGAGGGGCUGGAGGAGCAAAUGUCAACGGAUGAUUGGGAUGAAGAAGAGAAACCGGAGCAAGCGCCGAUCGAUCAUACAGAACCUGACGAGCAAAAAGCAUGA